AUCAUUCUAAAAGUAGGUUCAUUACUCGAUAUAAGGCAGCUUGUAAGACUGAGCCAUUGGAUGGGUAUUUGUGUUUGGUGAUAAAUAGGAUACUCAUGGAAUAGGACAUUAAACUGCCUUUUCAGAGAGCUUAUAGCCCUUCUUUAUAUCCAUCAUUUUCAUGUCAAUUGGGUGACAAGAUAUCACACGCUAAAUAACGGCUGACAUUCUAACGUUUCAACUUUCUACCUUUGCCAACAGCGCGGUCAUAUGCCAAACAGUUUCUUACUAGCGUCACUGCGUUAAGGUCUAAUGUUCUUCAACUAUACUCUUACUAUUCAAGCAGAUUUAAAGGAUUUGAUCUGUAUUUCCAUUAUUACACCUGCGCCAUUUAAUUUUGAAAAACAACAAGUUGAAAAUUCCUUUGCCGAAAGGAGGCGUUUGCAGCGCCUUGGUUGAUAUGGAUCGCAGACUAGAAGAGUUACCUCUGCUGGGGAGAGACAGUCUCAACACCAAUGGAAUCCCGCGAUAUCGUAAUCACUCGUCGAUCACCGUUCCACCGCAGUCACAGCUUACACUUUCAUGGAAGGAUCUGGUGGUCAACCACCAUCCCUCUCGCGGGAUCAUGGGCCGACUACGGAGGGAAAAACCGCCACCGAUGAAAAGGAUUUUGAAAGGAGUUAGCGGUGUAGCAGACCCCGGUACACUCACAGCGUUGAUGGGAAGCAGUGGCGCCGGUAAAACUACUCUGCUGAACGUCCUCAAUCAGAGAGGGUUGGCGGGUCUCGAAGUCAAAGGUCAUGUGUACCUCAACGGAAUCCCAAUCAGUGAAUAUGGCAUGCAAAGCAGCAAACUUAUUGGCUACGUACAACAGCAUGACAUUCUCCCCGGUGAACUCACAGUCAAGGAAUACCUCACAUUUUGUGCUCAACUCACAAUGUCUAAAUACCUUUCAAAUGAAGCAAAGGUGGCUAAAGUAGAUGAAAUCUUAGAAGAGUUUUCGUUACGUAAGUGUCAGGACACGGUAAUAAAAGGAAAGCAAUCCGUAUCAGGAGGAGAAAGAAAGCGAGUGUCAGUGGCGACUAAGCUGUUUGCCGAGCCAAAAUUGUUGUUCUUGGAUGAGCCAACCACGGGUCUGGAUUCCUACAUGGCUGCUCUUCUGGUUAGCAACCUUAGAUCAUUAGCUGAACAGGGCUACAACAUCAUCUGCACCAUCCAUCAGCCUUCAACCGAAGUCUUCAACAUGUUCGAUCAAUUGCUUCUUCUCGCUGACGGAACCAUUUCCUACUUCGGUCCACGCUCGGAGAGUAUAUCAUAUUUCAGCAACAUUGGGUACGAUUGUCCAGAAACCUACUCACCCGCGGAUUACUUCAUCGCCCUCCUGGCCAUUGUUCCUGGUCAAGAGGUGGGGUGCCUCGAUCGCGUCCAAAGGAUUGCAGAAGAAUACAAAAAGUCUUCCUUUGAAACCGAGGCUCGGCGACGACUUGCCAUUGAUUUGAGUAGGAACGCCAAAGUGGAGGAUUUCACUUCUGAUGCGCAAGAUAUAGGGUACCAGGCAGGAUGGUUCAAACAGCUUUGGUAUGUUAUGUGGAGAGGAUUCAUCUACCUCAAAAGAAACCCUGCCCUCUUGCGUACGAGAGCCAUGUUCGUAGCGUUCAUGUGCAUCGUAAUGCUUCUCAUCUACUGGAAUCCGAAAGCCAUCUACGACCAGUCUCGAUUGUCUGCAGUCCAGGGUCUGCUCUAUUUCUGUUGCGCAAACUUCACCUUCGUCAACGCGUCGAGGAUUUUGGUGGUUCUGCCUCAUGAACUGCCAUUGAUGAUUCGCGAGCAUUUGGAUGGCAUGUAUUCUAUGACUGCUUAUUUCCUUGGAACCUUCAUAUCUCAGUGCUCUCUUGGUGUAGCAUUGAUGGUUUUAUCUGUGACGGCGGUGUAUUUCCUUGGCGGUCUGGAGCCCCGUUUGGAUACCUUCUUGGUCUGUCUCCUCGUACUGAUGCUCGCAUACCUCAUUAACGUUGGUUUUGUUGCCAUGCAGUCGGUUAUCUGGGAGAAACCGGGACGAACGGUUACAGUGACUACCCCUCAGAUCUUCGUGAUGAACGUCCUAGGUGGAUUCUACAUCAACCCUAGAUCUAUUCCCAUCUACAUACAACCUAUCCUUUAUAUUGAUUGGUUGCCUUGGUCCUACGAGAUUCUCAACGUCAACCAAUGGGAACAUGUCGAUCAUAUCGAAUGUGAAUGGUCCAAUCCAUCGGCCUGCUCAAACACGGGUCAAGACGUUAUUUACCGAUACGGAUUUUCACCAUCGAACCAAGUAUUUGAUUACGCCAUUCUCUGCGGCCAAGUGCUCUUAUACCACUCUCUGACGCUCAUCAUUCUCAAGCUCAAGAUGAAAUACAAGUGGUCCGGUUAAAGGAUGGAGUAGAUUCAAGCAUAUGCGACGACCUCAUGAGAAUUCUGGUCCACGCAGGGGGUACGAGAUGACCCUUUCCAUGAGGUUUCUGUACCAAAUUUGAAAAUCAAAGGGUGCACGCCAUCCCCCCUGUUACACCCACAAAUGUAAUAAUCGCCCACAAAUGUAAUAACGCCCACAAAUGUAAUAACACUUUACCCACAAAUGU